GCUGAGGUGUUUCCCACUUUCUGCCCGGUUCUUUCAGAGCGUAACCGUGGAACGUCUCGGGUGCGAUGGAAUCUCAAUAGCAAGAAUAACGAUGGCGUAGUCGAGUCAAUGAGAAGCGAUGCGAGCGAAUACGAACCUGCGGAGGCGCUAAGGAGCAUCAGAGUCAGCAAGCAUGUCUUACUGAUUCGCAACGGCAGCUCUCGUCAGCGAGGCGGAGCGGGCCAAAGGGUAGAGAAUCUCAGGACCGUCCGGAGCAGGGAUAAAAAUGGCAUUUGGGGGAGAGAGGGGAGAGGGGGGCGGGGCCAAACCUGGAGGGUAGAGCAAUCAGAUAAUCCGAUCACCGAUGAUGAAGAAGGGGGGCCGGAAGAGGGUUCCACAAUCUCGACCGGAGCGUGUCGCAGGUUGAAAGGGAAUGGGAAAGUGGAUGGGAAAGUGGAUGAAGGAAAGAGGAGUCGAGAGGGGGUACGAGUUUCCCCCAAGUCCCUCAAGUUACUCGAGUUCACACCUUCAGGGGGGGGGUUCAAUUGGUACCGCCUCCCAUUCCAGCCUGGCUUUGUAGGUAAUGCUUACGGUAUCAUACGGCUCCAUACGGCCCCCAAACAUCGUCCCCAAGGUACAUUCCUGCUGAGCAUGAGUCAAAUACCACAUAUCUUACAGUACAGUACGGAUACUUGGCUGACGAAGGGAGACUCCGCCCCCUUGCGAAAAGGAGACGCCCCCUCAACUGACCCUCAACUGACCACGCUGGCCUUUUAAAGAGGCAAUCUUUCCCUCUCCCAGACUGUCUGAUCUGAAAGCAGUCAACCCUCUCCAUCUUAUUACUUUGGCUACCUUUGUGGACAGUUGUCCUCUUCCCAUUUCCUCCCCCAGCUUCCGUUUUGGGUCCAACCAACCAGAACGUUGCUGGUCAACCACCUGGCCCCUCCCCCAGACCCGGCUUGUACCGUGAUGACACCGUGGCCUCUGUCCCUGUGACCUGGGCAAAAAAAA